AUGAAAUCAAAGUCGGCUGGCAUCGGAGGAGACGAUACAGAAACUCGUUUCGUGCAGGAUGAUGUUGACGAACGCUGUGAUAAAAACAACAAGAAUGAAGAUAACGCAGAAAAAUUUAAAACGGAAUUUUAUCUAUCUAUCUAUCUAUCUCUUUCUCUGUUUCUAUCUCUCUAUCUACCUAUCUCUCUAUCUCUUUCUGUUCAUAAAUGCAUCUUCAUAUCUUUCUUUCUUUAUCUAUCUAUCUAUCUAUCUAUCUAUCUAUCUAUCUAUUCAGUCUGCAUCAUAUCUAUCUAUCUAUCUAUCUAUCUAUCUAUCUAUCUAUCUCUACUCAUAAAUAUAUAUCUAUCUAUCGCUGUUUCUAUCUAUCUAUCUAUCUAUCUAUCUAUCUAUACUCAUAAAUAUAUAUCUGUUCAUAUGUAUCUCUCGCUGUUUCUAUCUAUCUAUCUAUCUAUCUAUCUCUACUCAUAA